AUGAUUAAUGAAUUGCCUGAAAACCUUCGAACAAAAAAUAUUCUUAUAGCUGGAUUGUGGGUUCAAAAGUCAGAACCACAAAUGGAAGUUUUCCUUCAGCCUUUUGUAGAUCAGGCCAAUAAGUUAGCUACCACAGGUUUUUCUUGGAAACUUGAUAAUAAAGUAAUUCAAAGUAAAGUAUAUCCACUGUUGUGUUGUGUUGAUUCCGUAGCUAGAUGUGCUAUGCUCAACAUGAAACAAUACAAUGGACGGUUUGGAUGCACUUUUUGUGAACAUCCUACGGUAAAUGUAGAGGGUGUUAUAAAAUAUCCAAUUUCAACAAACAUUCCGCAAAGUCGGACAGAUGCUUCAAUCAAAAGAGAUAUGAUACUUGCUUACCAAGCAGGUGAAAGACAGGAUAUUAAUGGAGUAUGGGGGCCUUCUCCUCUAAUGAACCUUCAAUAUUAUGAUCUCGCGGACGGCAUGGUUGCAGAUUAUAUGCAUUCUGUUUUGUUAGGUGUAGCUCGACAAUAUACAGAAAUAAUACUCACUUCAGUUAACGAAGAAUUUUAUGUCGGAAGUCCUAGUAAAUUAGCUGUUAUUAAUAGCCGUUUAUUAAGAAUAUCACCACCAACAUCAAUAUCAAGAACUCCUCGAGAUCUUAAUGAAAGAAAAUUAUGGAAAGCUUCAGAAUGGCGCUCAUGGUUAAUAUUAUACAGUUUAGUAUGUUUACAAGAAGUGCUUCCAAAUAAGUAUUUGCGACAUUUAUUAUUUGUAGCUGGUAUAAAUAUUUUAUUACAAACUUCUAUCACCCUUGAUAUGUUAAAAUGUGCAGAAAAGUUUCUUAUAACAUUUGUUGUUUUAUUUCAACAAUAUUUUAAAGAAAAAGCAAUGACUUUUAACAUUCAUCUCAUUUUGCAUUUAUGUGAAGGUGUACGGAAUUGGGGACCUUUAUAG